ACAAACUAGGGGUUUAAAAUGUCAAUCAAAUUUGGCAUUGCAGAAAAUUAAAAAAAAUUGACCCAGUUUUAUUUGUUUUACAAUUUUACAUAAAAUAUAGAGGUUGCUUUUGUUUAACAAAAAAAGUUAAAAUGUCUUGGAAAGAUGACAGAAGCAAAAAAAAAAGGGAGAAUUUGCGAGCGUUUAAGAAGCAUCACUAUAGAAACAUAUCAAAAAAUGAAAGAGAAAAUCCAUCCAGUGGUCGAUUGCGGCCUGAACCUGAAUAUAAUCAACGAGUAUUGGUUGAUAUUGCCGAUUCAAGUGAUGACAAAUUUAGUUUCCGAUCAAACCAAGUAGUUACAGGUUGGUCCCCACUAAAUAGCGAUGAUGAAGAGAUGUACGAAAGAAUGAAUGCACCAGAUUUUGAAACACUACGGGAUACACCAACAGGCAAUUCCUAUACCACACUAUCUUCUGAGAAAGAUUGGGAAACUGAUGCAAAUAGUAAAGACGAAGACAAAAACUUUGAAAAAAUUUCGUAUUUUACUUUGAACUUAGCCUUGAUAAAUGCUGGUUUGGAAACUAUUCCUUUUUAUAAAAGAAUGGAUUAUGACAGUAACAUGUUCGAGAAACAGGAAAUAAAGCGAAUGAAUGUAGAAGCUGAAAUGGCUGAAAGCAAAUAUCAAACAGUUUUAAAUACUUAUGAAUUAAAUAAAACAGGCACAAAAGAAAAUGAAUUACAAAAUCCAAGCAAAGAUAGCGUUUUAAAUGCUGAAGAAAAUUUAAAAAACGAAGAAGUCGAUGAAAUAUCUAAUACAGUGGGAGCUUUAACAGUUGAAAGUGAAAAAGAAAAUUUGUCUGAAUCACACACUGAAGACAAAAAACUAGAUGAGUCAACAAAACAAACGCCAGAUAAUACGGUUCAGGAGAUGCAAGAAUGGUUGGAUAAAGUUUUGGAAUGAACUCUUUAAAAAAAUUCAACGAUUUGUGCACAACUUACUACAAUACACAGCUUGCCUUAGAAUACAUUUGAUGCUUUACCACGCACGGCACUUGGAAUAUUGCGUCAAAAAAUUAUAACUUUAAACUUACAAUGAAUUUGAUUAGAUACCUAGGAAAUAAUUAUGAUUGCAAAGUGUGAUAUGUUGAGAAUAUGUAACUUAAAAAAACAUUUCAUAUUUGUAUAUUAUAUGAACGCCUAAAAAUCAAAUGUAAUUCCCUAAUUAGAAACACAAAAAAUAAA